UGUUGAAACAGUUAAAUAUAAUUCUGUCACAAGUAAACCUGACAUUAGAAUGGAUAUGACCAUUAUAUAUCUCCACAAAUCGUCUAGAUUUAAGUAUUUAGAUUCUAUGGGUUCAAACAUCAAAUUACAAUCAUCCUAUUUUAUUUCUGAACUUUUCAGAUUUUCAAAGUCUGGAAAAAUAAUGAUAGAAGCCAUCGAUAUUAACUACCUACGACCAUCAGCUAUUAAUAUAAAUAUCUCUGAAAGCUCUUCCUCUAUAAUGGCAAAUGCACUAUCAAUAAUUGAUAUUAUUGAUGAUGAUAUUAAUUCUCUAUUUGAUAAUGAAAACAAUAUUAAAAAGUCUGCAAAUUCAAGUAAAAAUGUAAAUUUACAAUCUGAAAUUGAAGAUCAAGAAAUUGAUCGAGAAAUUGAUGAUCAAAAAAUUGAUGAUCAAGAAAUUGAUUAA